GCCGCCGGCUACAAAAUCAUUCCCAAUCACCAAGCAGAGGCAGAUCAGUUCAUCUGUCUUUAAAAAUGGCGGUCGUUGAAUCAGGGAUGUUUAGGAUCCAACAUACUGUUGGGACUAUUUUAUGUUGCAAAUGUGGAAUUCUGAUGCCACAGAAUGCUGCAAAUAUGUGUGUCAAAUGUUUAAGAGCUGAAGUUGACAUCACUGAAGGUCUACAAAAGAAUGUUAUCAUCAUGUACUGCCCUGAAUGCAACAGUUACUUGCAGCCACCGCGAACUUGGAUGAAAUGCGAGCUAGAAUCCAAAGAGCUCUUAACAUUUUGUGUGAAAAGGUUGAAGAAUUUGAGUAAGGUUAGGCUUACACAUGCCGAGUUUAUAUGGACAGAACCACAUUCGAAGAGGAUCAAGGUUAAAAUUGGAGUGCAGAAAGAAGUACUUAAUGGAGUUGUUUUAGAGCAAGCUUACCUUGUUGAGUAUGUUGUACAGGACCACUUGUGUGAAUCCUGUUCAAGGAUUGCUGCUAAUCCUGAUCAGUGGAUUGCUUCUGUUCAGUUAAGACAACAUGUGCCGCACCGUAGAACGUUCUUUUAUCUUGAGCAGCUCAUUCUCAAGCAUAAUGCUGCUCUUCAUGCAAUAAAGAUUAAGCAGAUGGAUCAUGGUAUUGAUUUUUUCUUCGCCAACCGAAGCCAUGCUCUAAAGUUUGUUGAUUUCGUCGGUAAAGUUUGUCCAAUCAAGAGCCGAAAUGAUAAACAGCUAGUAUCCCAUGACGAAAAGAGCUCCACCUACAAUUAUAAAUACACAUUUUCUGUUGAAAUUUGUCCCAUUUGCCGCGAGGAUCUGAUCUGUCUUCCUCCCAAAACAGCUCUUAGCUUGGGAAAUCUGGGUCCACUAGUACUGUGCACGAAAGUAAGUGACAGCAUUGCUUUACUUGAUCCCCUUACUUUGAGGAUGUCGUACAUGGUUGCAGACCAGUAUUGGAGGAUGCCUUUCAAGACUUUGCUAUCAAGUCGACAACUCGUGGAAUAUAUAGUUUUGGAUGUGGAACCCAUGAUAUCUGAAGUGAAUGUUGGCGGAACAACUUACGCAUUAGCAGACGUUCAAGUUGCACGUGUCUCUGAUUUUGGCAAAAAUGACUUGAUCUUUAAUAUAAGAACCCAUCUUGGCCAUCUUUUAAACCCCGGCGAUUAUGCUCUUGGCUAUGACCUAUAUGGAGCUAAUAUUGACAUUACAUAUAAAGGUCUUGUCAUUCCUGAUGCAAUUUUAAUAAAGAAGAGCUAUGAAGAGAAGCGACUAAAGAAACGUGGCAAACCUCGUGCUUGGAAGCUGAAGUUCAUGAAUAUGGAAGUGGAUAAUUCUAAUAGAAAACUUGAUGAGGAGAAGAUGAAUACUGAGAUUGAAGAAUUCUUGAAAAUUUUGGAAGAAAACCCAGAGAUGGCGCUUAACAUAUCCUUGCACCACAAUGAAGAGUACCAACCAUCGGAGAUGACUGAGGCAGAUGAUGAUGGACUAUUGCCUUUAGAUCAGAUGCUCGCUGGUCUUAAACUUGGUGGCGAAGAAGAAGAGGACAAUAAUAAUGGGCAAGGCAUGAUCGACUGAUUCUCUGUAAGAUGGGAGGCUGAGUUUAUCCUUUCUCAACUGGAGGAACUCUUAAAGGCUGAAACUACUCUAUGGAUUGAUCAGAAUACUUGUUGCAUUGACUGACACUUGAUUGCAUUUUGGGAAAUUUAGCUGAUGAUUUCAACUUUGAUUUUUGCCUUGGUGGGUAUAUCCUUCUACCUCUUUUGUAUAGAGGAUAAACAAGGUGGUUUAUGUAGGCAGAUGACUCUUCCUGGUAAGAGUAGGGUGCAGAAACGUUGAAUUUUACCAGUUUUACUUUCUUUUGACUGAAGUGGUGUUUUAGUUUUGGGUACUUUUUAGUUCUGUUUAAUUGUUUUACUUCCAA